UAUUAAUAGCAUAAGCAAUGAGAAUUCCGAUCCAUCAUAAUUUCCUUGAACAGUGGCCAUGGAUGCAGCAGUGAAGGGCUGGCAUUUCUCGGGUAUAUAUUGCCAGAGUUAUUCAGAGAAGCCUAGAGUUUCGUGGAGAGAGAGUUGCAGUUUCCAGGGGUUGUCAAGGGGUCUCUGGAGGAAGACACUUCCUUUAGAAGUUAAUAGUUCUGAGCUGAAUUCCUCCUCCAUUCCAUCUCUAAGAGGUGGCUAUGUGCUCAGGAGAAAAGGGAUACAAGUUUUAUCUCCCCAUAUAUCAUCACCAAGCGUUCCCGUCGAAUUUCUUGAUGCAUGGGAGGAUGAGUACGACGGGGUUGUUAUCAACCCAGAGAACUUACCCUCAAGUGCAAAUGCUUUUGCAUCUGCCCUUCGGGCUUCUAUGUCCAACUGGGAGUUAAAGGGGAAAAGGGGAAUAUGGCUCAAGAUUCUGCUAGAGCAAGCUGACCUCGUUCCAAUAGCAAUUCAGGAGGGCUUCAACUUCCAUCAUGCUGAACCCGGGUAUGUCAUGUUAACAUACUGGCUUCCUAAUGAGCCCUGCUUGCUCCCAGCUAGCCCUUCACAUCAAAUUGGCAUAGGAGGAUUCGUGAUAAACCAUAAAAGAGAGGUCCUUGUGGUGAAAGAAAAAUGUCCAUGUAGCUGCUCUGGGGUGUGGAAGUUACCUACUGGUUAUAUUAACAAGUCUGAAGAAAUAUUCUCUGGAGCUGUAAGAGAAGUUAAAGAAGAAACUGGAAUUGACACAAUUUUCUUGGAAAUGGUUGCUUUCAGACAUGCCCACCUCGUGGCAUUCGAGCAAUCAGACUUGCUCUUUGUCUGCAUGCUUAAGCCUCUGACCUUUGAAAUCACAAUAGAUGAGAAGGAGAUUCAAGCUGCUAAGUGGAUGCCUCUAGAUGAAUUUGUAAGCCAGCCAUUCUAUAAAGAAGACCACAUGUCCAGAAAGGUCAUCGACAUCUGUAUUUCGAAAUACGACAAUCGUUACAAUGGAUUCAUUGCUCAUCAGAUGACUUCAAAACUUGACAGAAAACUGUCAUACUUGUACUACAACGAGCCCGAAAAAAUUUAGUCACAGGUUUCCCUGCCAUCAGAAGGGGCUAGCUAAUGGCCUCAUGAACAUUUAUGUUGCUUUUGCUUUUUGGAUUCUGAUCUUAAGUAAUUAUGAACAUGCUCCCCAAA